GGACCAGCAUCCCAUCAUCCUCCAUAAGACGAGAGCAAAGAAGUGCUCACUUUCGCUGUACCCGCCAGUGUGCCCGGUCGUGAAAGUCAGGUACCGAGGAAGAGCUUUUGUGGAGCCCAUCUUGUUAGCAGCUUCCUCUUAGAAACAAAAUGGCGGAAGACGCGAUAAGAGCCAAACAGGAUGAGCCUAAGAGGGCUCAGAGGGCUACGUCCAACGUCUUUGCCAUGUUUCGACAGGCUCAAGUGCAGGAGUUCAAAGAGGCCUUCACAAUGAUCGACCAGAACCGAGAUGGCGUCAUUGACAUCGAGGACCUUAAAGACAUCUACUCCAACUUGGGUCGCAUUCCUCCCGAUGAAGAGCUCAAGGAGAUGCUGAAAGAGGCCCCUGGACCCCUCAACUUCACAAUGUUCCUCAACCUCUUCGGCGAGAAACUCAGUGGCACAGACCCAGAGGACGCCAUCAGGAACGCCUUUGCUAUGUUUGACGACGAGGGCAAGGGAUUCCUCCCCGAAGAAUAUUUGAAAGACUUACUACAAAAUAUGGGUGACAACUUCACAGCAGACGAGAUCAAGCAGACGUGGAAGGAGGCCCCACUGGAGAAGGGCAAGUUCAACUACAACGAGUUUGUCUCCAUACUCAAGGGCAAGCAAGAAGGCGAACAGGCCGCCUAACUCGCUCUUCACUUUACCCUCAGACCCCUUCAGUCCUCCUUCUCCUUCCUGAAUCCCUGCCACACACACUCACAGCAGGUCACACACUCGCUGGUGGUGCCACGCCAUCAGCAGACGACGACAGUCCUGGACUCGCGCACUUGUUGGCGAAGACGAUAGCGACGAUGCUGGUGAUGACCAAGGACUUCACCGAUGUGCUGCUUAACGACACGAAGAUGACCAUCUCGACCGUUAAGGACGAGAAACGGUCGAGAUGAUUUUAAACAGUUGUCGGAGUUCUGGAGGGAUUCGGAAAGGACACAGGGGGGUUUAGCCCAAGUAGUAUUUAUAAUAAAUAUAAUCAAUCUUCACAUAGGGUUGGGACUGUCGGAUCAGAACCCUACAUUUUAUUUCAAAGAAAUUUUGUUUUGUUUUUCUGGUAAUAUCCCGGGCCAAAGAGUGUUUAGCAUUCCAUGUACCACCUAAUCUUUGCCGCCACGUUUACUCUGGUCACCAUAAGCAGAAACAGCCACCGCACAGCGACCAUGCAAACGUCCGACGAUCGCCAAGUCACCUGCCACCUACACUGAGAAAGUAAAGUUCACUUGGACUAAAAGAGGAAGCAAUACAGGCUGCUUGUUCGGCUUUCGCUCAGGGUGAAGAAAAAAAUACUAGAAAGACCGAGACUGGAGAAUUAAAAACAAAAACAGACUUCCUCGGUACCGGCUCGAACCAAAGAUCGAAUAACUGUAAUCAAAGGGCUUUAGCGAGCACUUCAGAUACAUCCCCCAGUCGCCUAUAUUUUGAGCUUGUUCCUUCCCGCGAAAUGCCAUUCCAACACUACCUCUUUACUGCUUAUCAGACAUACUUGGUUACCAUAGCGACGGUAGCAUGGGAAGGAUGGGCUGAGGGCUUGUAUCUAGGCGCCGGAGUGGCGAGAGAGGGGGAAGGAGGAGGAGGUAGAAGAAUGCGAGCUGUGGGACGGAUGCCACCAUCUCGGCGAAUCUCUCCUCGCCACCUGUAACACCUGGACUAGUGAACGAACGACUGCUUACUGUUCAAGCCCAAGGUAAGACCAGCCUGCUGGAUGCUGCAGCUGACAUUCGAGACGAUGAAAACAAGUUACCCCGGGAAAAAAACCGGGGGUGGUAGCGACUGCCCUUGAGAAAGAUUUCAUUUUUAAAAUAGGGAUCAUGUCUAAAGGUGAGGUGGCUGGGAAGAACUUGGUAAGAGUAACAGCCGAACACGCAGGCAUCGCCGACUCCAAGUGAACAGUGGGAUGGUGGCUGGCUGGCUGUCUGGCUGGCACGCAGCGCUGCUCAGUCAGCUUUGUGCAUGCGCGGGCACGGGAGCUGUGCGGGAGGUUUUUACUUGCUUUAUCUGUUGGCCCGGGAAACUGCUGGAAAACCGACACCGCUCCAUGCAGCUCUGGAACCACACGCCUUACCAAAUUUAGUGAUAUGACCUCUCCAUGGCAUGCAUCUCUCUUUCUUUCUCUCUCUCUCAAACGCAGGGCAUGUUGGACUUGGUCUUUGAUUCCCAAACGGUUGUCUUUCAAUAAACACGAGUGUUACCUCCAGUAGCAAGUGAAGUAUGUUUUGUUACAGCGAUUGUGCAUCUUAUAACCCUGUAGUCUUUAUAAGCUUUCGUGUAUAUCUCGUUCUUUAAGUUAUUCAGUUAUUUAAUCCAGUACCCUAGUACAGCCUGGGGGGAUGGGGGUGGUAGGGAGCUGGGAGGGAACAAUCCAUCAUCACAAGCAAGCCAAAAGAAGCCUCUCACUUAUAAUGCAGGUCACAUUAUAUAUUUUCUGUUUUCUUAAUUUAUGUUGUUUCUUCAUCUUAAAAGGAAAUAUUGCUGUGUCAAAUGUGUAUAUUAUGUGUGGGUAUGAGUCCACUAUUGUCAUUCAUACAUCACAGAAUAAGUGAAUGUCAAGUUAUUAAACAAAUCAAGAUCAGUGUAGCAGCUCUCCUCGCACAACUAGGCGCCUGGGGCUGCCAAAUGCUUGCUGUACAUUCAGUUUUUUUCACAGCGUGGCGUGUGAGGCAGACUGGGAUAAUGAAAGGUCCAGACACCUCAAGAACAAGUAGACCGAGUACUCUUUCUACUGGGGGGCCCUAAUUUGGUUUGACAUCGGACCCCAAGUAGGGCCCCUUCAUUCUGCAUACGUUUGCACCUUUGUGGAGUGUUCCCUCUGUCCUGUUUUUCAAUAAAAUGGAAACCUCUGUGCACAGAGUCAUCCCU